UCCUUUGUCGCCGGCGGCUUCCCCCCCGAAAAAAACAAGCAAUGGCAUCACAACUUCUCUACCUUAUCCUAGCUCUUCCCACCAUUGUUCUCCUCCUCUUCCUUCGCCAUAAGCAAAAGCAAACCUCAAGUUCUCGUCUCCCACCUGGCCCUCCAGGUCUCCCCCUGAUUGGCAACCUGUUCGAUAUCGAUUUCUCUGCUCUACAUCGCUCGUUGUGGCAGCUCUCUCAGGAAUACGGCACCUUGAUGUCAUUGAAACUAGGUUGCACUCAAGUUCUCGUGGUUUCCUCAGCCAAAAUGGCAGAGGAAGUCAUGAAAACUCAGGACCUUGUGUUUUGUAGCAGACCGAUUCUUACCGGCCCGAACCAUCUCUCCUACGACCGUAGGGACGUAUCAUUUUCCCCCUACGGUGCUUACUGGAGGGAGAUCAGGAAAAUUUGCGGCGUCCACCUCUUCAGUUCGACUAGGGUUCAGAGCUUCUCACCAAUCAGAGAAGGCGAGGUUUCUCAAAUGAUUGAGAGGAUAUCAAGAUCCUCGCAUGAUUCCAACCCUUUCAACUUGUCUGAAGCCAUGUUGUCCCUGGCGAGUACAAUUAUUUGUCGGACCGCUUUCGGCAAGAGUUCGGAGGGGAAUCAUGGAGGUGAUCUGAGGCGUAAACUUGAGUUUAUGCUUAGAGAAGCAGGGGCCAUGUUUACUGGCUUUUUUUUCUCUGACCGUUUCCCAAUCUUGGGAUUUCUCGAUAGGUUUACAGGUAUGAUGGGUCGGCUCGAGAAGAACUGCAGGGAGCUGGAUGCUUUCUACCAAGAUUUCAUUGAUCAACAUCUCGACCCAAAAAGAGUAGAAUCGGAGCAUAAGGACGUUUUGGAUGUUCUUCUUGGGGUCAUGAAUGAAGAACCCGACAAAGUCCAACUCACAUUUGACCACAUCAAAGCAAUUCUCAUGGACAUAUUUAUAGCGGGAACAGACACAAGUGCAGCUACUGUUGUAUGGGCAAUGACGUACCUAAUGAAAAACCCAAUUGCAUUGAGGAAAGCUCAAGAAGAAGUACGAGAAGCUAUAGAGAAGAAAGGCUUUGUCAAAGAAGAAGAUAUUGAACGACUACCCUACCUUAGUGCUGUUGUCAAAGAAACCAUGAGACUACAACCUCCAGCUCCACUGUUGCUUCCAAGGGAAUCGAGUCAAGAUUGCGAAUUAGGCGGGUACAAAAUACCCGCGAAAACAACGGUUUAUGUUAAUGCCUGGGCAAUCGGGCGAGAUCCUGAAGCCUGGGGUGAGAAUCCAGAGGAGUUCAAGCCAGAGCGAUUCGUGGAAAAGUCCAUUGAUAUGAAAGGCUCAGAUUUCGCGCUGAUUCCAUUCGGAGCUGGGAGGAGGAGGUGUCCUGGAAUCAAUUUGGGGCUCGUGACUGUGGAGCUCUCUUUGGCUAAUUUACUUUACGCUUUCAACUGGGAAAUGCCGGUUGGAACGAAGAGUGAAGAUUUGGACAUGGAGGUUUUGCCUGGUGUUACCAUGCAUAAGAAGAAUGCUCUUUUGCUUGUGGCUAAGAAGUAUGUUUGCUAGUAAUGGUCGGGGGUGUCGAGUUUUAUACGGUUCCGUUUAUUAUGAAAUCAUUUCGAAUAGUUUUAUGUAUUAUGGGUGAUGGAUAAUAAUAUUAUUACUGAUUAAGUAUCACAGUAAUAACUGUUGGUUUUAAAUUUUAUUAUGUUUUAAA